AUGUUUACACUUUUAUUGCUUAUCUCAUUUAGUUUUGCUUUACCUUACUCAGAACAAGAAGAAAAAGUUAUUGUUGAUAGAACUAAGAGUGUGGAAAAGUCUUUAAAAAAGGCUAUUAAAGAAGUUGAUCAAAAGAAUAAAAUUAUAGAUAACUUAAAAGAAACUAUUGAUAAAAAUGCAUCUAAAGAUGGUGCCCACGCUCAUCAAAUUAUUCUAAACCAACAAUCUAAAUUACUUAAUAAAGUAGAGGAAUCAACCAAAGCACCAGCUGGAGAUAAAACUAUUAACUUAGACAAACUUGGUGAUGACAAAAAAGAUAAAACUAAAGUAGUUGUUAAGAAAGCUGCUUCUAAGAAAACUACUAAAAAAGUUGAAACUGCUAAAAAAGAAGUGAAAAAAGAUCAAAAAAAAGCUAAAAAAUAUGUUAAAAAAGCAGAAAAGAUUCAAAAGAAAAUUGUUAAAGCACAAGAGAAAGGAAAAACAGAAAAAGUAACUGAAUUACAAAGUAAAUUUAAUAAAACUAUUAAAAAAGCUGCUAAUGAAAAAAAGAAAGCUAAAGCUGCUAAAAAACAAGUGAAAGAAUUAAAAUUAAAAAGUCAAGCACUUAAAACUGAAAACAAAUAUAGAAAACAAUUAGGAAAAAGUGCCUUAAAACCAAAAGAACCAGUUAAAACUACCAAUACCAAAAAAGCCACUCCUGCCCAAAUUAAGAAAGAAGAAAAAAAAGCUACUAAAAAGUUAGUAAAGAAAGUUAAUAAUUUAAAGAAAGCUGUUCAAGUUAAUGUUAAAACUGCUUCAGAGUCUUGUCCAAAGAAAGCUGCUAAAGUUGAAGUUAUGACAGAAAAGGCUGCCUUAUUACAUAAAAAGGCAUUAGGAGAAUUAGAUAAAGGAAACAAAAAAGCUGCAAUAAAAUUAGCUACACAAGCAUCUACAUUAGCAGAUAAAGCCGUCGCUGUUCAAAAAAAAGUUGUUGCAAGUGUACAAAAAUCAGUAAAGAAAGAUGAAAAAAAGAAAAUUGCUGCUAAAGCAAAAGGAGAAAAAAAAGAGAUCAAGAAAGAUGUUAAAAAACAACAAAAGAAAUUAGACAAAGCAAAGAAAGAAGUUGCUAAAGCUGAAAAAAAAAUUCAACAAACCACAAGCAAAACAACUCAAAAAAAACAACAAAAGAAAUUGGCUCAGGCUCAAAAAAAAGUUGUUAAAGCUCAAAAAAAUAUAAAAAAAGAUAAUAAAAAGAUUGCUAAAGUUGAAAAGAAAGCUGCUAAGAAAGUUACAAAAGUUGAAAAGAAAGCCACUGUUAAGAAAGCCAGUACUAAGAAAACACCAACUAUGAAAAAAUUAGAAAAGAAAGUUGUUAAGAAAGGAAUUAAAACCAAUAAAGAUAUUGGAGGUGUAAUUCCAAGAUCUCUUGCUUUUGGAGUUAUAAAAGAAUCUCAAGGAUUUGUUAAGAAAGCUGAAUGCCCUCAAAUGGUUAUGGCCCGAUUAGCACAAAAGGCACACUUAAGUCCAGUUAUUCUAAAAGCACAAAAUAAAUUAGCUGAGAACCAAGUUAAGAUUUAA